ACCUAAUUAGCCAUUACAGAAUCUGAAUGCAACGCAAGCCCUAUAUUGUACAAGAACGGUGGCCCAGAUUUGCAGGAGCAGUAUAGAAGCACCGCUUUUUUCUCACAUUGGCGCUGAGAUUCCGAAAAGGGAACUCUCACAAACGUAAACACAACUCAUCCCCUCUCUCUCUCUCCGUUUCACAUUAGAUCGAACUUUCCCCCCUUUUCCUCCAUCUUCGUCUUCCUCGCCCCCUCUUUCUCGUUUCCCGCGGAAAUUUCUAUGUCACUCACUACCACACCGUAAAUCCAAGUAACAGUUUGCUUCAUUGGCGUAAAUCUGCAGUGGAGUUUGAGAGAGCCAAGUCCUUAGUGGUUAAAGGUAGUUGCACCUGGUGAAAUUUGAAAAGAUUUCUGUGGUUCAAACUACUGACAAGAUGGGAACUCAACAAUGUGAUUUGUCUGAAAAAACAGCCAAGAUCGGCGCUGAAUGUUUAGACAGCGAACAAAGAGUACUUGGUAAUGAGGUAACUGAUUCUGUUAUUGAUGAAAAAACAGCUCAUGUUGGUUCUGAGGGUUUAGACGACGAAAGCAGAGUACUUGGUACUGUGGCAACCAAUUCUGUUACUGAUGAAGAAACAGCUAAGAUCGGCUCUGAAUGUUUAAACAACGAACAGAGAGUACUUGGUACUGUGGCAACCAAUUCUGUUAUUGAUGAAAAAUCAAAUCAAGUUUUGGGGAAUGUGACUGAGAACUUUGUUAGUCAACUGCCUGUACCCUCUGAACAUGUCCCUAUUUGCUUAUCAGAUGAUAAAUCGGAAAACAAAUGUCUUCAAGAUGUUCAAAAUAAACACGGGGAAACGAGUGAUGCAGUUGCUUCCGUUGUUGUUGAAGAACCAACACAAUCCGUUCUUGCACAAGUGAACUCGGAUUCUGCGAAUAAGCCAUCUGAUCCACCUUCUGGAGAUGGCGUGAAUGAUACUAGCCUUCCAAACGAGCAUGGUGAAAUGAGUGAUGCAGUAACUUCCCUUGUUGUUGAAGAACAAACACAACCUGUUCCUGCUCAAGUGAACUCGGAAUCUGCGAAUAAGCCAUCAGAUCCACCUUCUGGAGAUGGUGUGGAAGAUAUUAGUCUUCCAAACGAGCAUGGUGAAAUGAGUGAUGCAGUAACUUCCCUUGUUGUUGAAGAACAAACGCAACCCGUUCCUGCUCAAGUCAAAUCGGAUUCUGCGAAUAAGCCAUCAGAUCCACCUUCUGGAGAUGAUGUGAAAGAUAUUAGUCUUCCAAAUGAGCCCGGUGAAAUGAGUGAUGCAGUAACUUCCCUCGUUGUUGAAGAACAAACACAACCCAUUCCUGCUCAAGUGAACACACAUUCUGCGAAUAAGCCAUCGGAUCCACCUUCUGGAGAUGGUGUGAAAGAUAUUAGUCUUCCAAAUGAGCCUGGUGAAAUGAGUGAUACGGUAACUUCCCUUGUUAUUGAAGAACAAACACAACCCGUUCCUGCUCAAGUGAACCUACAUUCUGUGAAUAAGCCAUCGGAUCCACCUUCUGUAGAUGGCGUGAAAGAUAUUAGUCUUCCAAAUGAGCCUGGUGAAAUGAGUGAUACAGUAACUUCCCUUGUUAUUGAAGAACUAACACAACCCGUUCCUGCUCAAGUAAACACACGUUCUGCGAAUAAGCCAUCGGAUCCACCUUCUGGAGAUGGCGUGAAAGAUAUUAGUCUUCCAAAUGAGCCUGGUGAAACAAGCAACGCAGUAGCCGGCCUUGUUGAAGACCACACACAGUCCAUUCCUGCUCAAGUGAAUACAGAUUCUUUGAACAAGCUAUGGGAUCCACCUUCUGGAGAUGUUGCUAAAAAUGUUAGCUCUGAUUGUUCAGAAAGAAAGUCUAAAAGCUUAGCUCUUUCAAGAUCGAGACAAGGGGGUAAAAGUAACUCAAAAUUACCGAAGAAGAAGUAUAUAUUGAGGUCGUUGGGAAACAAUGACAGGGCUCUGCGGCCAAGAGAUAAUAAACCUAAAGCUCCUGAACCAAUUAAUAAUGUUGCUGAUGUUAACAGUGAUGAAACAAAGACAAAAAAAGAGAAGAAGAAAAAGAAAAAGCCAAGAAAAGAGGGAAUUAAUGAUCAAUUUUCUAGAAUCAGAGCUCAAUUGAGAUACUAUUUAAACCGAAUGGGAUACGAACAGAACUUGAUUGAUGCUUAUUCUGGUGAGGGCUGGAAAGGAGGCAGUUUGGAAAAAUUAAAGCCCGAGAAGGAGAUUCAACGGGCUAAGUCUGAAAUUCUUCGACGUAAAUUAAAAAUUAGGGAUCUAUUUCAAAAUUUGGAUUCAUUGUGUGCUGAAGGAAAGCUUCCUGAAUCAUUGUUUGAUUCCGAGGGAGAGAUUGAUAGUGAGGAUAUAUUCUGUGCAAAAUGCCAGACCAAAGUGUUGGGCACUAAUAAUGAUAUAAUUCUUUGUGAUGGUGCUUGUGACCGUGGAUAUCACCAGCUCUGUUUGGAUCCUCCAUUGUUAACUGAAGACAUUCCACCUGGCGACGAGGGUUGGUUAUGCCCAGGAUGUGAUUGCAAAGAUGACUGCAUCGAUAUUGUUAAUGACUUGUUAGGGACAAGUCUCUCUCUUACUGACACUUGGGAGAGGGUUUUUCCUGAAGCAGCUACAGCUGCUGGAAGUAUCUUGGAUAAUAACUUGGGACUUCCUUCAGACGAUUCUGAUGAUGAUGAUUAUAAUCCUAAUGGUCCAGAGGAUGUGGAGGUUAAAGGAGGUGAAUCUAGUUCUGACGAAUCUGAGUAUGCUUCUGCUUCUGAGAAUUUGGAGGAGACGCAUCACGAGGAUCAAUACAUGGGUCUUCCUUCUGAAGAUUCAGAAGAUGAUGAUUAUGAUCCUGAUGCUCCAAAUCUCGAUGUUAAAGCCACCGAGGAAAGUUCAAGCUCUGAUUUCACAUCUGACUCUGAGGAUCUUGCUGCUACAAUUAAGGAUAACAUGUCUGUUGAACAAGAUGGUGGCGUCACAUCUGCAUCCUUGGAUAGUGUUAAGAACAAAGGUUCUAAUAAACAAAAUCGCAAGAAGCCAUCUAUAGCUGAAGAACUGUCAUCUUUGGUAGAGCCAGAUCUCGGUGAAGAAGAUUUCACUCCGGUUUCUGGGAAAAGAAAUGUGGAAAGGUUGGACUACCAAAAGCUGUAUGAAGAGGCAUACCAUAGUGCCACUAGUGAGGAUGAAGAUUGGGCUGCUACCGCUACUCGAAGUAGAAAAAAAAAACUAACUGGCCAAAUUACUCCAGUGUCACCAAAUGGAAGUGCCUCAAAUAAUUCCAAACGUUCUGCUAAGAGGAACACCCAUCGGCAUAAAGUUGAUAACACAAAUAAUUCUCCCACCAAAACACUUGAAGGAUGCACGGAAUCUGGUUCCAGGGGUAAAAAGCGCGGAUCUCCGCACAAAAAACUUGGAGAAGCUGCUGUUCAGAGGCUUUACAAAUCUUUCAAAGAAAAUCAAUAUCCAGAUCGAGCCACAAAAGAAAGCUUGGCGCAAGAAAUUGGACUCACAUUUCAUCAAGUUGACAAAUGGUUUGGAAAUUCUCGAUGGAGCUUCCGACAUUCAACACAUAUGAAAGCAAGUCCAGGUAGUAAUGCUUCGCAGCAGGCCACUGACAGCAAAGCUAAAAAGAAAGGAGAGAUGGGUAAUGCUUCGCAGCAGGUCACUGACAAUGGAGCAGAAAAUAAAGGAGAGAAGGAACGUGGAUUAGUUUCCCAGGAGACUAUUGGAGAAAAAUCAAGAACCCCGAGAUCUAAGAAAAGGAAGCAGCAGGACACUGACAGUGGAGCUGAAAAGAAAGGAGAGAUGGGUAAUGCUUCACAGCAGGUCACUGACAAUGGAGCCGAAAAUAAAGGAGAAAAGGAACGUGAAUUAGUUUCCCAGGAGACUAUUGGAGAAAAAUCAAGAAUCCUGCGUUCUAAGAAAAGGAAGCAGCAGGCCACUGACAGCGGAGCUGAAAAGAAAGGAAAGAUGGGUAAUGCUUCACAGCAGGUUACUGACAAUGGAGCAGAAAAUAAAGAAGAGAAGGAACCUGUAUUAGUUUCACAGAAGACUAUUGGAGAUAAAUCAAGAACCCCAGCGUCUAGGAAAAGGAAGCAAUUGUCUGAGCCGCACGCAUCUGAAGCAGUGUUGACCCCUAACGACCCAACCCCACCGAAAGUUGAAACAGGCAAGAAAACGAAGAAAAAGAAAGGGAAAUGAUACAUAUUGCCGAAGAAAAAGAAAGGGAAAUGAUACAUAUUGCCUUUUUUCCUAAGGCAGAAAGGUUAGCAUCCAUCCUUUUGUGCGAUUGAGAUUCUCAGGUGAUCAGCUUGGAUAUGGGAUGUUUCUGUUCCGGGAGAUAAUCUCUCAUUUGUAUUAGUUUGUAUUUUAAGAAAUAGCUAUUCAGGUAUUCAUGUCAAGUGACUUGGUUUUAGAGUUCCCUCAUGCAAACCUUAAAAAUAGUUGUAAGUUAUCAGUUUUUGAUGUAUUUUUUGUUUUCAUUCA